AUGUCUCUUCCAGCUGCAGAUUCUCUCUUAUUAGCCGAGGCUAAAGUUGGUAUAACUCUGAAAGACAAACAAAGAGAAGCAGUGCUUGCUGUUUUACAGAAUAAAGAUGUUUUUUGUGUUUUACCAACUGGUUGUGACCAACAAAGUAAUUUUACCAGCAAGGGGAUCUGCGUUGAGUAUGUUGGUGAAAUUCAACAUGAUCAAGAUGUCAUUAAGAAUAUAGUCAGUGGCAAUGUCCCACUGAUUCUAAUUAGCCCUGAGAAUAUUACAUGCAACCCACUCUAUCGAGGAAUGCUGCACAAUAAUGUGUUUAAAGAUAAUAUGGUAGUCUUACCAAUUGGUGAAGCACAUUGUGUUAAAACAUGGGGAGAUUAUUUUCAAACAACGUUGGCUGAAUUUGGUCACAUUGGCAGUUCUUUACCAAGUGUACCAGUAAUAGCUGCAACAGCUACUGCAACAAAGACAACUUUUGAAUCUGUGGUAAAGAGUUUGCUAAUGGAGAUUGUGGUAGUGAUAGGGAUUUCAUCCUGUAGAAACAACAUCUUUUUGACUGUUACGUCUGUGUCUUUGAAUUGUAACUUUGUAUAUGACAAGAUAGAGCUAUUCCUUGAUCUGUACCUCAUAUAUGCCCCUGGAAAAUCGAUCGUUUGUCAAUAUUGUCUUCUUGAUUUAUACACAAGAGCUAGUACAGAAGAUGUUGAAAAAAGUCCCUCAUGUAUUUGUGAAAGAGAGUUCACAAAUUAG